AUUUUGCAUUUCCAGGGGAGAGACCUGUGUGUAAACAAUACAGAUCUCUCCCCUGUCAGCUUCUUCACACUGCUUUGUAUUGCUCUGCAUAGCAGAGCAAUACAAAGCAAUGUGCUUACACAGGUGGAGCACACACAGCACACAGUAAAACAGCACCCAGCACAGAGUUAACCCUUUGAUCGCCCCAGAUGUUAACCCGUUCCUGCCCAGUGUCAUUAGUACAGUGUCAGUGCUUUUUAUUAGCACUGAUCACUGUAUUAGUGUCCCUGGGGAUAUCAGUGGCAGUUAGUCAGUUCCCCCCUAGUGUCAGAAUGCCCUCCGCAGUCCCGCAAU